AAAAAUCGAUUUUGUUUCUUAUCAUGCUAACAUGUUAGUAGGUUUUUUGUUUACAUUUCAGCAUUAAUUACUGUUUAGUGUCUCCUUUUGGCUUACAUUCUGUUGGUAUGGGAAAACGUAAGGCUGAAGAUAUAUCCAAUCCGAAUCAUGAUUUCUGUGAGUUCCUUCAUGAGCUCGCUGAUUAUGAGAAGAAUGUUAACAGGAAUAUCCACAAACACAAUGCUUACAGGAAGGCCGCUCAGACGCUAGCAGCCCUCCCAAAUCGCAUCAAAAACGGCGAGGAGGCUAAAAAACUGAAAGGCAUUGGAACUAAAAUCGCCGAAAAAAUCGAUGAGUUCAUGAACACUGGGAAAUUGAGAAAACUCGACAAUAUUCGGAACGAUGAAACAUCACAAGCCGUCAAUACUCUGACAAGAGUGAGCGGAAUCGGACCGGCCAAAGCGAUGGAGUUGUUCAACAGCGGCGUUAAAUCACUCGAAGACUUGAAGAAAAACAUGGACAAAUUGACCCAUCACCAACAAAUAGGUCUUAAAUACGUCGAAGACUUUGAAAAGAAAAUCCCAAGGGCUGAAAUUGAAGAAAUUGAGAAAUUACUUAAAGAAAAUAUUAAAAAGCUAGAUGAAAAUUUCAUGACAACAAUCUGUGGGAGUUACAGACGAGGUAAAGCCGAGAGUGGUGACAUCGACCUUCUCAUCACCCACCCCACGUUUACUUCUGAAGUGAACAAAAACAAAAAUAAAACCCUACAAGCUAAUCUUUUGAAAAGUAUUGUUGAAACUCUAAAAAAAUGCAAACUCAUUACCGAUACUAUAUCAAUCGGCGAUGUUAAGUUUAUGGGAGUUUGCAAGAUAAAAGACAUAUCAAGGCGUUUGGAUAUAAGAUUGACACCUCAUGAUCAGUACCACUGUGCCACGCUCUACUUUACCGGAAGUGAUACUUUUAAUCAAGAAAUGAGAGCGCAUGCGUUGAAAAAUGGUUUCACCCUAAAUGAAUAUUGCCUUAGGCCGAUGGGCGUAACAGGAGUUCCAGGCGAACCUGUGAAAGUGACCUCUGAAGAAGAUAUAUUUGAUUAUAUAGAUUUUCCUUACAAAAAACCAAUGGAGAGAGGUUAAAAUUACAUUAAAUAUAGAAACAAUAUAUUUUAUCGUGUAUUUAUUUGUUAUUUACAAUAAAUUAUGUUUUUAAUUCAAUAUAAGAGAUCUUAUUUACAA